AUGGCGGGUUCCCGACUGCUGCCCCUGGCGCUCGCCCUGCUGCUGCUAGUGAGACCCGGCGACUCCUCUGCCGUCCUGGUAUUCUCAGAGCCAACAUCUGCCCCCUCCACCUCAAGUCCAGAGCCAACAUCUGCCCCCUCCACCUCAAGUCCAGAGACAUCGCCUGCCCCCUCCACCUCAAGUCCAGAGACAUCGCCUGCCCCCUCAUCCCCCACUCCAGACUCCAGCUCCACAGGUACAAACCCAGGCUCAGUCUCCCCAGAGCCAGAAACAGCCUCUCUCCCCAGCUCUGGCUCUCCAGGUUCUGAGCUGAGCACCAUGCCCCAGUCCACGAACUCGGUUCUGCAAGGGUCACCCACCGUGUUCAGUCCUGGCCAGGAUGCAGGCAGCCUGUGGAUCUCCACAUCACACAGGAACCCGGGCGUGGUGAUUGCCGUGUGUCUGCUUGUGUCUGUCUUGCUCAUUGGCUCUGCGUUCACUGCCGUCAGACGCUGUAAUCGAGAUGUGCCAGCUUUUCAUAAUCUGGAUACAGUAUCCAUGGGCAGUGUGAGCCAGAGGCUGCCAUUUGCAGACCGCCUACAAUCCUGACUGUCAGAGGCCUAGAGAUGAGUUGGGGGUAACGCCUGGGAAAAGCAGUCGCUGGAAAAGUCCCACUGUGCUGACCUGGGGAUAUGCCUGCGGCAGGAGGAUGGCUUGAGCCCAGGAGUUUCAGGCCAGUUUGGCCCACACAUCUAGUACUCAACUCAAAAAAUCAAGUCAAUCCAGGGGUGAUGGAGCAUGUCUGUCAUCCCAGAACUUGGGAGGUAAAGAGAGGAGGACCAGGUGUUCAAGUCCACCCUGGGCUACAUAGGGGGUUUGAGCCAGCCUGGGCUACAUGAGACUGUCUUAAAAAAGGAAAGUAAUUGAGGGGGCUGGAGAGAUGGCUCAUCAGUUAAGAGCACUGGCUGCUCUUCCAGAGCAGAGUUUGGUUCUCAGCACCCACAUGGCAGCUCACAGCCAUGUGCGACUCCAAUUCCCGGGGACCCGACGCCCCCUUUCUGCCUCUACAGUCACGAGACUGGCAGGUGAUAGAUACACAGACAUACUUGCAGGCAAAACACAUAAAAA